CUCCGAUCCCGUCAUUCAUAGCAAAGAGAAGAUUGAGGCGUUGAUAUCGGGCAGAAUAAGCGCGAGCGAGUUCAACAAGUCGAUCAAGAAAUCAACAAGCAAGCCGUCCAAGCGCCGAUCGAGCCGAAAGCCAUGGCGUCGCCAAAAAGAGGACGAUGUCCCUGAUUGGGGACUGGCAGCAUCUCCUAACGGAGAGUUCUCUACAGGAGAUUCCCCUACGAGAGACUCCCCUACGAGAGACUCCCCUACGAGAGACUCCCCUACGAGAGACUCCUCUACCGGUAAAUCCCCUACCGGAAAGGAGUUUGCGGAAGCGAUGGAGUAUACCCGGAGCAUCAAAGAUCUUGCUGUAAUGGAGAUGCUCGAAGAGCUUGCGAACGACGAGUUUGGGGACGAGCACGAUGCGGCCGAGGAGCUUUACGCGGACAGAUCUCCAGCCGUGGGACUACAACCAGAAAACGCCCAGACAGAGGAGCCUCAUGUCCCGGAGCAGUCUGUCGCAGAUGCCGUCACUGCAGAACCCAGCCAUUCUAUCCCUAGGAGGAGAUCGAAGUCGAGGAAAGACUACCGUGAUGAGCUCGUGCAAUCGAGGAGUGUCCCCGUUGCGGCUCUUGGAGAACAAAUCGAUGCCAUCAUGCUGAAGAAUCCCAACGAGAUGAAGAGGCCUAAGAGGGCCGUGCGAAGAGUUCAACAAGAGGUGACAGAAGCUACAGUCGAGCUCGACCCCGAAAGAGACGGCAUGGUCGAUGACGCGGACGAGAAUGGCGAAGAGGCAAUGGAGGCGGCGCUCAAGAAUAUCGACGACCUGCGGCCCGCCGACAAGACCAUUUUGCCAAUUCAAGACUUUGACGCUCUGGCGAACACGCUGCUGGAAGGCUUCAAUCACAACCAGCUUACCAGGUACUUCAUCCAGAAGCGCCUGGAAUUGUCCCAACAUGGUCUGGGGAAGCCGGUCACUUAUCCCUGGAUUGUCAAACAGGGCCCUUGGGUGGCUGCAAAGCCAGACCACUGGGGGCCUCUCCGGCCGAAGCAGCGGCAGGUCAUCAUGAUCAUGCAGCUUCUUUGGAAUCUAGAAGUUCAAGAGCAAGUGGAGGGUCUGGGCAGAACUCUUCUCUGGCUGCAGCCUCGUGUCUUUGAGCUCAUCGCCCCUCCCAAUAGCGUGGUACUCGAGCAGCUCUCCCGAGACUUUUUGUAUCAGUCUAACAAGGAGAAAAUCACCACCAAUUUCGAUGAUUGCCGUAUCAACAUCUACGCUCGAAAGUCGACCAUUCCUGUCAUCCUGACUCACCUCGACGAAGUGGUCAAGUCGAUUCGAUCUCAAAAGAUAUCUUCGGACCACUUCCAAGAGAAUGAUCUAGAUGAGGGAUUGCUUCAAGAGCUCGAACGCAUCACCAAGACGCAUAUCGAACACAAUGAGAAGAAGAGGGAACUCGAAAUCUCCUGGUUAGAGAAGCGCGAUUUGACUUCCUCGGAAGAGGACGCUGACACCUCGGAAACCCCUGCCGAUGUUGCUUUACGGCUUCUGUUGGAGCAGCCAGCCAAGGAGCACCAAAGCAGCGUUCAGAUCAUCGCACCAUCAAAUGGCAACAAACCUCAAGACGCAAGCUUCAUCAGCCAUCAGAGAGAAAACAGGAGCAUGUCUUGGAAGGACAAGCUCCGGCAAUGGUCUAGAUAUGUCCUUCCCGUUGGCCAGACUGCAGCUAUGAAAGACGAUGUUUCAGCGCAAUUCGCGCAAGCCAUCUCCUUUCCAGUCUCCGCUCCCAAGACACUCAAUGGAUUCGAGCAGAGUUGCCAGGUCACUGCCACUUUUGGACAUGUGCUCCACGGGAGGAGCUCACGAACGGCGGCUGCGAUGGCAAAGCACCAUCGACCACUCUCGCCUGUCCUUCCUCAUCCGGCGUCUUUCACGUCCCUUACAGAAGAAGACAAACUCGUGGUGCAGCGCACAACCAUGAUUCUCAACUUCUGCCCAGAUCCCACGCAAACCCCCGCCAAAUUCGACCCCGAGCCCCCUUCUAUACAGCUUCGACUGCCAGUGGACCCUGGCACGGACCUUUCCGACGUGUCCAUCCCUCCUGGUUCAGUCCUCGUGGGCAUUGCAGCGAAACACGUUAGCGAUGUCUUACUGCCUGGCGAAAGUGUGGAUGUUCGCCUGACGCAGCACCAUCUUCUGCCUCUCGACCCCAGCCACGAAUUUGUCAAAGACUUCAUAUCCAAGUGCAAGUUUGACCUGCCCCAGAGUCUUGUUAAAACGCCCAGCAAAGCCACGUUUCCCAUUCCCAAGGCGUGGACCACUACUCCAAAGGCAACCGGUAGGCCAUCCAAAGCCACAAUCAACGUACCAUACCUCUUCACGGGGUCAGAGAUCCACCAGGCCGUUGAGCUCGAGUUUCAGGGCCACACCCUGCGCUACAGCAGCAUUGACGCAGGCCGACAUGGCGGCCUCCGACAAGAGCUGUCUCUCCUGGCUGGUCCACCACAGAGCCAAGAUGCGUCACCCUUGGCUCUCGACAAAGCCGAGGCUUCACGAUUCUUGUCUCUCGUCGGCGGCUUAGCUGAGGGCAAUUACUUCCCAUGGCAUGAUGGCUCGCAGCUCAUGAGAAAGCUAUCUAACGUGGAUGCACUCGAGGGUGAGGCUGCAGAGGAUCAAUUGCCGCCGCUGGAGGUCGAGAAUCAUGAGACUACUCAGAAUGUAGAGUCAGAACAUCUGCGAGAUACCGAGCAGGUCGAUGGUCAUUCUUCAACAGAGCCAGCUGCCGACAUAGUUUCUGAUGGUCCACCCGAGGACUCUCAACAUCGUGAGACCGACGAAACGAAGAAGGAAUAG